AUGUCCGGCCACCCGCACCCCCAGGCGGUCCAGCAGGACCAUUAUGACGAUGGCUACAACGGCCACGGACAGGGUCACGGCGACUCCUACUACCAGGACCAGCAUGGAGGAGCCUAUUACGACCAAUAUGAUUACCCCCAGGGCCAGCACCAGCAGGGUGAUGGCUACUACGACAGAGCUGGUGAUCAGCACUAUCCUCAGGAUGGCUACUAUGACAACCAGCAGCAGUACUACCAGGAUGACUACUACGACAACCAGUACUACGACCAGGGAGCUGGAGACCACAACCAGGGCCGUGGAAGACGCCGUCCCCAUGACUCCGAGGAGGACUCGGAGACCUUCAGUGACUUCACCAUGAGGUCUGAUGCCCGUGGUGGUGAUGGUGAUUACUACGGCCGUGGUGACGAACGGUACAACAGCUACAGCGAGAGCCAGAUGGGUGGCCGGGGAUACCGACCUCCAUCCUCUCAGAUCUCCUACGGAAACCGAUCUUCUGGAGCUGCCACUCCCAUCUACGGAACGGAUGCUCUUCCCAUGGGCCAACGAUCCCGCGAGCCCUAUCCAGCAUGGACUUCUGACGCUCAGAUCCCACUCUCCAAGGAGGAGAUCGAGGAGAUCUUCUUGGACCUCGUCAACAAGUUUGGUUUCCAGCGUGACAGCAUGCGUAACAUGUACGAUCACUUCAUGGUGCAGCUCGACUCUCGAGCCUCUCGUAUGACGCCCAACCAGGCUCUGCUUUCUCUCCACGCGGACUACAUUGGCGGUGAGAAUGCCAAUUACCGCCGUUGGUACUUUGCUGCCCAUCUCGACCUCGAUGACGCCGUUGGAUUUGCCAACAUGAAACUUGGAAAGACCAACAGACGUACUCGCAAAGCCAGAAAGGCCGCCAAGAAGAAGGCCGGUGAGGAGCAAAAGGACGAGGCAGAGACGCUCGAGUCCCUAGAAGGUGACAACAGUCUCGAGGCAGCCGAGUACAGAUGGAAGACCCGGAUGAACCGCAUGUCUCAGCAUGACCGAGCUCGCCAAAUCGCCUUGUACCUGCUCUGCUGGGGUGAAGCUAACCAGACCAGAUUCAUGCCGGAGUGUCUCUGCUUCAUCUUCAAGUGUGCUGACGACUACCUCCGCUCCCCCGAGUGCCAGAACCGUGUCGAGCCCGUUCCGGAAUUCACUUACCUCAACGAGAUCAUCACUCCGCUGUACCAGUACUGCCGUGACCAGGGUUACGAGAUUGUCGAUGGCAAGUAUGUCCGUCGCGAACGUGACCACGCUCAGAUUAUUGGCUACGACGACUGCAACCAGCUCUUCUGGUACCCAGAGGGUAUCGAGCGUAUCGUUCUCGAAGACAAGACCCGUCUCGUUGAUGUUCCUCCAGCCGAGCGGUGGAACAAGCUUAAAGAUGUCAACUGGAAGAAGUGUUUCUUCAAGACCUACAAGGAGACUCGCUCUUGGUUCCACAUGGUUGUCAACUUUAAUCGUAUCUGGAUCAUCCACGUUACUGCUUUCUGGUUCUACACUGCCUACAACUCCCAGACUCUCUACACCAAGAAUUAUACCCAGCAAGGCAACGAGUCCCCGCCAGCUGCCGCCGUCUGGUCUGCUGUUGGUCUCGGUGGUGCUAUUGCUGCUUUCAUCAAUGUCUGGGCUACCCUCGCUGAAUGGUGCUAUGUUCCUCGUCAAUGGGCUGGUGCGCAGCAUCUGUCGAAACGUCUUCUCUUCCUGCUUGCUGUGUUUAUUGUCAACCUGGGACCUAGCGUUUAUGUCUUCUUCAUCAGUCAGGAUGCAGGAAAGGACAAGAUCGCCCUUGCUCUUGGAAUUGCACAAUUCUUCAUCGCCUUGAUUACGUUCAUCUUCUUCUCGGUCAUGCCGCUUGGUGGUCUUUUCGGAAGUUACCUUAAGCGAAACUCCCGGCAGUAUGUUGCCAGUCAGACAUUCACUGCCAGUUACCCUCGCCUCAGAGGCAAUGACCGAUGGAUGUCUUACGGAUUGUGGGUUUGCGUUUUCGGAGCUAAGCUGGGAGAGUCUUACGUCUUCCUGACUCUCUCGCUCAAGGAUCCUAUUCGAAUUUUGUCCAACACCCGGAUCGGUAUCUGUCAUGGUGACGCGAUUUUGAAGGACAUUCUUUGCAAGUACCAGCCAAAGAUUCUUCUUGGACUCAUGUUCUUCACCGAUCUAGUCCUCUUUUUCUUGGAUACCUAUCUGUGGUACAUUAUCCUCAACGCCAUCUUCUCCGUUGCCAGAUCCUUUUACCUUGGCGUUUCCAUCUGGACUCCAUGGAGGAACAUCUUUUCUCGCUUGCCAAAGCGUAUCUACUCUAAGGUUCUUGCUACCACCGACAUGGAAAUCAAGUACAAACCCAAGGUCCUUAUCUCUCAGGUGUGGAACGCAGUUGUCAUUUCUAUGUACCGUGAGCAUCUCUUGGCUAUAGACCACGUUCAAAAGCUCCUCUACCAUCAGGUUCCAUCCGAGCAAGAAGGAAAGCGUACCCUCCGUGCCCCAACUUUCUUCGUCUCCCAGGAAGAUCACUCCUUCAAGACCGAGUUCUUCCCGCCUCUUAGCGAAGCCGAGCGUCGUAUCUCCUUCUUUGCCCAGUCUCUGUCUACUCCAAUCCCAGAACCGGUACCUGUUGACAACAUGCCAACUUUCACUGUCCUGAUUCCCCACUACAGUGAAAAGAUUCUCUUGUCCCUGCGUGAGAUUAUCCGUGAAGAUGAGCCAUACUCCCGCGUCACUCUGUUGGAAUACCUUAAACAGCUUCAUCCACACGAAUGGGACUGCUUCGUCAAAGAUACCAAGAUUCUGGCUGAUGAGACCUCCCAGUUUAACGGAGAUGAUGAGAAGAAUGCCAAGGACGCUCAGAAGAGCAAGAUCAAUGAUCUUCCGUUCUACUGCAUCGGUUUCAAAUCUGCUGCUCCCGAGUACACUCUCCGUACUCGUAUCUGGGCUUCCCUCCGUUCUCAGACUCUGUACCGUACCAUUUCUGGAUUCAUGAACUACAGCCGUGCUAUCAAGUUGCUCUACCGUGUUGAGAACCCCGAGGUUGUCCAAAUGUUUGGCGGUAACUCUGACAAAUUGGAACGUGAAUUGGAACGCAUGGCGCGCCGCAAGUUCAAGAUUUGUGUUUCCAUGCAGCGAUUCGCCAAGUUCAACAAGGAAGAACGUGAAAACACUGAAUUCUUGCUACGUGCCUACCCCGACCUUCAGAUCGCUUAUCUUGACGAGGAGCCUCCAGUGAAUGAGGGUGAGGAGCCCCGCCUGUUCUCUGCCCUCAUCGAUGGACACUCCGAAAUCUUGGAGAACGGCCUUCGACGACCAAAGUUCAGAGUCCAGCUUUCCGGUAACCCAAUUCUUGGUGAUGGAAAGUCUGAUAACCAGAACCAUGCCAUCAUCUUCUACCGUGGUGAAUACAUCCAGCUUAUCGACGCUAACCAGGAUAACUACUUGGAAGAAUGCUUGAAGAUUCGAAGUGUGCUUGCUGAAUUCGAGGAAAUGACCACUGAAAACAUCUCUCCAUACACUCCAGGUCUUCCACCAGUGAACUUUGACCCUGUUGCCAUUCUUGGAGCUCGUGAAUACAUUUUCUCUGAGAACAUUGGUAUUCUCGGUGACGUUGCUGCCGGAAAGGAACAGACAUUCGGUACUCUCUUCGCUCGUACUCUCGCUCAGAUUGGUGGCAAGCUUCACUACGGACAUCCUGAUUUCCUUAACGCUAUCUUCAUGAAUACCCGUGGAGGUGUCUCCAAAGCUCAAAAGGGUCUGCAUCUUAACGAGGAUAUUUACGCCGGUAUGAAUGCUCUGCUCCGUGGUGGCCGUAUCAAGCACUGUGAAUACUACCAGUGUGGUAAGGGUCGUGAUCUUGGCUUUGGCUCUAUUCUUAACUUCACCACCAAAAUCGGAACUGGUAUGGGUGAACAGAUGCUUUCUCGUGAAUACUACUACCUAGGAACCCAAUUGCCGCUCGACAGAUUCUUGUCCUUCUUCUAUGCCCAUCCUGGUUUCCACAUCAACAACAUCUUCAUCAUUUUGUCUGUGCAGCUCUUCAUGAUCUGUCUUAUUAACCUUGGAGCCUUGAGACAUGAGACUAUCCUUUGCCAGGUUAAGAAGGGUGUUCCAAUUACCGACGAACUGAUGCCAACUGGAUGUGCUGAUCUCAACCCCAUCAAGGACUGGGUCAACCGUUGUAUCUUGUCUAUUUGCAUCGUUUUCCUGCUAUCCUUCUUACCGCUGGUUGUUCAAGAAUUGACUGAGCGUGGUUUCUGGAGAGCUGCUACCCGUUUGGCUAAGCAUUUCGGAUCCUUCUCUCCUCUAUUCGAAGUGUUCGUAUGUCAGAUCUACGCCAACUCUCUUCACAACAACUUGUCGUUCGGUGGUGCCCGAUAUAUUGGUACUGGUCGUGGUUUUGCUACCGCUCGUAUUCCGUUCGGUAUUCUUUACUCGCGUUUCGCCGGUCCAUCCAUCUACCUUGGUGCACGAUCGCUGAUGAUGCUUCUAUUCGCAACUGCCACCGUCUGGCUGCCUGGCUUGUUGUACUUCUGGGUAUCGCUCCUUGCUCUCUGCAUUUCGCCCUUCUUGUUCAACCCUCACCAGUUCUCUUGGAAUGAUUUCUUCAUUGAUUACCGUGACUAUUUGAGAUGGCUGUCCCGUGGUAACUCGCGUUCUCAUGCCUCCUCUUGGAUCGCCUAUUGCCGUCUCUCGCGUACACGAAUCACCGGUUACAAGCGCAAGGUCCUUGGUUCCCCAUCUGAGAAGCUCUCUGGUGACAUCCCACGAGCCAAGUUCUCCAACAUCUUCUUCAGUGAAAUUGUCGGCCCAUUGGUGCUUGUCGCUGUAACUCUCAUUCCAUACCUCUUCAUCAACGCUCAGACUGGUGUUCGAAAGGAAAACAAUCCCGAUCAUAAGAUUCAACCAACCAACUCCCUUAUCCGUGUUGGUCUUGUUGCUCUUGGCCCUAUCGCACUCAACGCAGGUGUCUGUCUUGGUAUGUUCGGCAUGGCCUGUUGUAUGGGCCCCAUUCUCAGCAUGUGCUGCAAGAAAUUUGGUGCCGUCCUCGCUGCCAUUGCCCACGGAUUCGCUGUUGUCGGCCUCCUCAUCUUCUUUGAAAUCAUGUUUUUCCUUGAGGGCUUCUCUUUCAGCCGUACACUUGCUGGAAUGAUUGCUGUCACUGCCAUCCAGCGAUUUGUCUUCAAACUCAUCAUUGGCCUUGCCCUGACAAGAGAAUUCCGACAAGAUGAUGCUAACAUUGCCUGGUGGACUGGUAAAUGGUACGGUAUGGGUUGGCAUUCGCUGUCUCAACCUGGCCGUGAAUUCCUCUGCAAGAUCACUGAACUCGGCAUGUUUGCUGCUGACUUCAUCCUCGGCCAUGUCAUUUUGAUUCUCAUGCUUCCGGCCUUGUGUAUUCCAUACGUUGACAAGGGUCACUCCGUCAUCCUCUUCUGGCUCAGACCAAGUCGUCAAAUCCGACCUCCAAUCUACUCUCUCAAGCAGUCGAAGCUUCGCAAGCGCCGUGUCAUCCGCUUUGCGAUUCUAUACUUCACCAUGUUCUUCCUCUUUGCCAUUGUUAUCGCCGGCCCUCUAAUCAUGAAGACCCUCAAGAUCAGCCUUCCAGAUAUCCCCCUACAGCUGUUGCAACCCAGUGGACUUAACAACAAUGACACCAGCUCCAGCCAUACUGGAAAGGCUGCAACCGGUGGCGCUGGCGCAGCGAACACUGAAGCUGCCAAGCUCUUCCGCUUCUAA